AGUAAAGCGAAAGGGAAAGCACCCAUUACCGUUAAGCUUAAGAAAGUUUGCAAAGUCUGUAAACAGCCUGGUCAUGAAGCUGGAUUUAAAGGAGCAACAUAUAUCGAUUGUCCUAUGAAACCUUGCUUCUUAUGCAAAAUGCCUGGCCACACCACAAUGUCAUGUCCCCAUAGAGUGGUUACUGGGCAAGGAACACUCCCAACUUCUCAUAGGAAUACAAAGAACCCUAUAGACUUUGUGUUCAAGCGUCAACUCCAACAGAGAAUUCCACCGAUCAAGCCACCAUAUGUGAUUCCGGAUCACGUGCAUUGUGCAGUUAUUCGAUACCACAGCAGGCGUGUUACGUGUUUGGAGUUCCAUCCAACAAGGAACAACAUUCUUCUCUCUGGAGAUAAGAAAGGGCAAAUUGGAGUUUGGGAUUUUGCUAAAGUCUAUGAGAAGAGUGUGUAUGGAAACAUACACUCUGUACAAGUUAAUAACAUGCGGUUUAGUCCCACAAAUGAUGACAUGGUUUAUUCUGCAUCCUCUGAUGGAACAGUUGGUUACACUGACAUGGAAACUGGAACUUCAUCAACUUUGCUUGAUCUCAACCCCGAUGGAUGGCAGGGUCCGACCAGUUGGAAAAUGUUGUACGGUAUGGAUGUAAACUCGGAGAAAGGUGUAGUGCUAGCUGCUGAUAGUUUCGGGUUUCUUCACAUGAUCGACCAUCGUUCCAAUAAUACAACGGGUGAGCCAAUUUUGAUACACAAGCAAGGUACCAAAGUGGUUUGCCUUGACUGCAACCCGGUUCAGCCUGAGCUUCUUCUCAGUUGUGGGAACGAUCAUUUUGCAAGAAUCUGGGAUAUGCGUAAACUAGAACCUGGAGCUUCUCUUAGUGAUCUUGCACACAAACGAGUAGUCAACUCUGCUUAUUUCUCUCCAUCAUCAGGCACUAAAAUCCUCACAACCUCUCAGGACAACCGUAUUCGAAUAUGGGAUUCCAUCUUCGGGAACUUGGAUUCGCCAAGCCGAGAGAUUGUUCAUAGCCAUGAUUUCAAUCGGCAUCUGACGCCGUUCAAAGCUGAAUGGGAUCCUAAGGAUACCUCAGAGUCACUCAUUGUAGUUGGUCGUUACAUCAGUGAAAACUACAACGGAGCUGCUCUUCACCCGAUAGAUUUCAUCGAUGCAAGCAAUGGACAAUUGGUUGCGGAGGUUAUGGAUCCAAACAUAACAACGAUUACUCCAGUCAACAAGUUGCAUCCGCGCGAAGAUGUUUUAGCCUCAGGAAGCUCAAGAUCGCUGUUCAUUUGGCGGCCACAGGAGAAAGCAGAGAUGGUUGAGGAGAAGAAGGAUAAGAAGAUUGUUAUAUGUUACGGUGACAGCGAGAAGAAAGGAAAGAAACAAAAGCGUGGCAGCGAUGAUGAAGACGACGAUGACAUGUUUAGCUCUAAAGGCAAAAACGUUAAAGUCAACAAGUCUCAAGCAAAAACAAACAAGUCUACUCGCAAGACAAAAACUUAA